UUUCCUAGCGGGAGGUCGGUGGGGGAGGAGCGGGCUGAGGUUGAACGUAGGGUAGACGUUGCUGUGUGCCGUGGAACAGGAAUUCGGAUCCAACGUGUGCGAAGAAGUACCCGCCUCAGAGAGAGGAAGGGAGAGAGAGAGAAAGAGAGAGAAACACCAAUGUGAGAGAGAAACAUCGACGGCUGCCUCUCACAGGCGCCAAACCACGAGACGGAACCUGCAACCAAGGAUUCAUUGAAAAAAUCCUUAGUGAUAUUGACAUGUUUCAAGUGACAUAAAUUAGCCAGUGACUCGGAAUGAUGGAUUCCCCGAAGACUGGAAAUGGUUUGCCAGUGAUUGGACCAGGGACUGAUAUAGGGGUAUCUUCACCCCACAUAGUGGGGUAUUUGGGAAAAAAUUAUGAUUCUGCUAACAUCCUGUCAGAUGGGUAUUGCCCUGCUUGUAGAGAGAAGGGAAAGUUAAAAACCUUAAAGACUUACCGAAUUAGUUUUCAGGAAUCUGUCUAUUUGUGUGAGGAACUACAGUGCAUCUAUCCUUUGGGCUCUAAAUCAUUUAAUAACUUAAUUUCUCCUGAUUUGGAAGAUCUUGCUCCAAAUAAGCCUCAAAAAAGAAAGCACUUGGAAAUCAGCUAUAAAGAUUCACCUUCUUUAGCAAAUUCCAAAAAGAUUAAAAGUGAUACUGUUAUUGAUGGUGAACAAGUUUUGAACAGCAAACAUAAUGGAGAAGCAUACGAGGAAACCUCAUCAGACUUACCUGACUCACUGCACAGUGGUCAGCAGAGCCCAGUUAAGGCUGCUGAUUUCUUGGGACCGGAUGAGAUUUUGGAAGCUGCUGUUACUGACUUGGCUGCUGAAGAAGAUGCUACAGCAGUUGAUAUUUCUGGAACUGGAGAGACUGCUCUUCAGAAUGAAGGAGGCACAUCUGAACUGGAAAUGCCACUGGAGAACAGAUGUAUACCAUUUUGUCAGACUUCAUGUGUUCAAUGGAAAAAUUCUGAUGCCCUCUGUUGGUUAGACUGUCUCCUGUCACUAUUGGUGCACUUGGAAGUGGUAAAAAAGGCAGUGAUGACGGACCUGUGCUCUAAAGAGGAAUCUCUGUUCUGGCAGUUGUUCGCAAAGUAUAAUCAAGCUAGUAAGCUUCUGCACGCCAGUCACUUGGAUGCAGUUAAAGAUAGAGAUUAUACAAAACUUAUUUCAGUAUUUGCAGAGAUAGAGACCUGUCUGAAUGACGUCAGAAGUAAGAUUUUUAUCAGGCUUCAGCCUCAGCUUGGGUGCACAUUAGGUGACAUGGAAAGCCCUGUGAUUGCAUUUCCCCUGCUCCUAAGAAUAGAAGCCUGCAUUGAAAAGCUCUUCACGUACUCUUUUUCUUGGAACUUUGAAUGUUCACAGUGUGGACACAAGUAUCAAAACGGAUGUAUGAAGAAUCUGGUCACCUUUACAGAUCUUGUUCCUGAGUGGCACCCACUUAAUGCUGCCCAUUUUGGUCCCUGUAGCAAUUGCAACAAUAAGUCACAAAUAAGAAAAAUGGUAUUGAAAAAAGUGUCUCCCAUAUUCAUGUUGCACUUCGUAGAAGGCUUACCACAUAACGACUUGCAACACUACUCAUUUCUUUUUGAAGGCUAUCUUUACCAAAUAACUUCUGUAAUUCAGUACUAUGCAAAUAAUCAUUUUAUAACAUGGAUUUUAUGUGUUGAUGGAAGUUGGCUGGAAUGUGAUGACCUAAAAGGCCCAUGUUGUAAAAGGUAUAAGAAAUUUGAAGUUCCUCCUUCAGAGAUACAUAUUGUUAUUUGGGAAAGAAAAACAGCCCAAAUGACAGAUAAAGCAUCUGCCUGUCUUUCACUUCAAAAGACUAAUGAUCAACAUGCUUUCAGUGAUGAGAAACAGCCACCUCCAGCAUUGCGUUUUAUGGGUGAUGCUUCCUCAGCUGAAAUACCUUCAGGAACGUACCCCCCAAAUACAUCAGUUACUACUAAUACUCUUUCCCAGGAUAAAGCUGUAGCUCAUCAGCCUCAUUUACUUUCAGUUCCAAAAGGUUUGAUUGGCAAUGAUAUUAUACCUUUGACACUUGAAAAAGUACAGGUUAACUCUGAAGGUUUCCUAUUAGAAAAUAUACCUGUGGCAGAAAAUGGAGUGGUCAUCAAAACAAAUACUUUGCAACAGCAAGAGUCACUAAUGGCUUCUUUAGUAUCAGCUCCAUGUAAGGAAAAGUUUACCCAAGACCAAUUUGUAGACUUAAGCUUUCCUUCUCCGAUUGUAAGUACAAAUAUGCAAUCAGUUCAGCCAAAUUCAGAAAAUACUAUAAUUACUAACUCUGUGACUAAUAUUCAUGCUACUGGUCCUAUACAGGGAGUAAAGUCAGUAGAAAUUGAAGGUAAAGUUGCCCUAGAGAAGGAUGUUCCGUUCAACCAUUUUCUUUCACCAAAAACCGAGAAAUUAAAAAUAGAACAACACAUUACACCUCAGGUAUCUAAUUUGGAGAGAAAAUGUUCUCAAACCAUAGCUGAGUCAUCACAAAACCCAUCUCUGAAAGAAAAUCUGAAGAAACCAUUUAUGGGAAGUUGGGUUAAAGGCUUAUUAAGCAAGGGUGCUUCUUUUUUGCCACCUUGUGUUUCAGCUCAUAAUAUUAACGCUAUUACUGACUUGCAGCAUUCGGUUAAGGGGGCACGUAAUUUUGGUGGCUAUAAAACUAAAGGGGUGAAGCAGAAGGCUCACCGGGCACCCAAGAAACCUCGUAGGUGUGCAAGUAAGCCUUCUCCAGCCAGUAACCUUCCACCAAGUCUUCCAUCAUCAGGUAGCAUGGCUCCUCCACAUGCUGAUGUUAAUGCUGACCUGGAAGUUUUGAAGAAACAUGAAAAUGCCUCAUAUGGGGUUCACCUCAACCACAGAUCUGGUGGAAACGAAAAUGGUGUUUCUUUAGCAAACCAUGAAGACUCCGUUGAGGGUCAGAUUCAUAAACUUCGUCUAAAACUUCUUAAAAAACUUAAGGCAAAAAAGAAGAAAUUAGCUGCUCUUAUGUCUUCCCCCCAACAUGGAAAACUUCCAAGUGAAAAUUUAGAGCACGUUUCUCAUUGUGGGUCUCCAAAUGAUGGCCAGUCAAUAGAAGAUGUGUUAAAAGAACUGCAAUAUCAAAUUGAUAUUGCUGAUAAUAAAUCUGGAAGAACCACUGUUGCUAGUGUUUCUCCAUAUAGUGGUCAAACUCAUGAAGAAAUUUUAGCAGAAUUAUUGUCUCCUACAACUGUUUGUUCAGAACUCUCAGAAAAUAGGGAGGCUGACUUUAGAUAUUUAGAAAUGGGAGAUAACCAUAUCCCAGCACCAGUACCUAAUGAAUUAAAUGGUAUUCCCCCAAACACACUCUUGAGACAGGACCAUAAUUAUUGCAGCCCUGCCAAGAAAAAUCUGUGCCAAGUUCAGCCAGACCCACUAACAAAUAAUGAGUGUGAUAGAACAUUGAACUUGGAAAGUUCCCUGAAGACUGAUGUUUUUGAUGAGUUUUUUUCCACUUCAGCAUUAAAUUCUUUAGCAAAUGACACAUUAGACUUGCCUUUUUUUGAUGACUAUCUGUUUGAGAGUUGUUGAAUGUUUAUUAACUCUUUAAUAUUUAUUAUUGUCUUGGAAAAACUUAUUAUGUUCUUGAGUAGUGUUUAUACACUGGCCUUGUCAUGAACAAAAUGUAAGCAGCUGAAGGUUUUACCUUCAGUUCUGCCCAUAAAGCUUGUAAUUUGUUUUACAAAUUAAAAGGACCAGGAAUCUG